AUGCUUGAAACCGGUCAACCUUUACAUAUUUAUGAUUAUGACAAACUACCAAGCAAAGAAAUCAUUAUUCGCCAAGCAUUGGAGAAAGAAAAAAUAACCAUUCUUUCAGGAAAAACUCUCUCUUUAAGCCCCGAAGAUAUUGUAAUUUCUACUAGCCAGGAAGCAAUCAGCUUAGCAGGAAUUAGCGGAAGCCAAACAGGAGCAGUAAAUGACCAAACUGCGAACAUUUUAAUUGAGAGUGCUUGUUUUGCUCCUUAUGUUAUCAAAAAAACUAGUCAACGCUUAGCAAUUUCCACCAAAACCAGCCAAUAUUUUAGCAAAAAAUAUAAUUUGCCUUUUGGCAAUUAUGCUUUGGUUCGUGCAAUUGAACUAAUCAAAGAAAUUUGUCAAGGAGAAAAAGAACAAAUAAUCCGCUGGACAAAAGAAACCAACCAGCCAAGUGAAAAAACUAUCACUAUCAGCCAAGCAUUUAUUGAAAAAAAAUUAGGAGUGAAGUUAGAGGCAAAAAAGUUAGAGGCAAUUUUAAACCACCACCGAGAAACAAACGACGAUGGUAGAAGAACAUUCAGCAAUUUUUACCGCUCUCCAAUAACCGUCCGCAUUCCUAGUAAUUUAGUAGAUAAAGUAAGACAAAUAACAGAAUUACUUAACAAUGAAGACCCUAGGUACGCUAAAAAUUUUCCUCAGGGAAGACGAACAAGAACAGAUUGGGAAGACAGGGAUCACCCAGAAAGAGGCUAUAAUUUGCGAGCUAUGCGUUUUGUUCUCAGAGCGAAAUUUACGCAAAACCCCGAAUUAAAGAGAUUUCUACUCGCAACAGGAAGUGCCGACUUAAUCGAAAAUACCAAAAUUGCUGAUCCGCAAAAUCAAGAUUGGUUUUGGGGUAAUUCCAACUUCCGCGAUGGAGAUGAAAGUUAUCAUUACCGAUUUUACCACGACUGUGAUACAAAUAAAUGUGCCGGAAGAAAUUGGCUAGGACAAAUUUUAACGGAAAUAAGGGAAGAAUUGAACGUUGGGGAAAGACAAGCAGAUUUAACCAGUUAUUUGGUAAACGAAGACUUAAUUCGGGAUUAUCUAACACAUUUACAAAGAAGCGGAAUAAACACUAAUUACAGCGAAAGCGAUGAGAAAUAUGCUGGUGAUCAAUAUAGUAUCCGUGACCCCCAAUUAAAGGCCGUGUUUAAGAAUUUAUUUAACAAUGCUGGUCAUGACCAAUUUAAAGACAAUGAUGAAACCACAAGCGGCGGAGAAACUAUUCAGUUUAGGCUUCAAUUCCAAGGAGAUUAUAUCUUUGAACGAGGAAGGAAAAAAAGACACGGAUUCUUUAAAUAUCCAUCUUUCACUAGCCACCCGACGACUGGUGAGAGAGUGGAAACAAUGCUCGGAACAGCCCAAGACGAAAGCGGCUCAGUAUUUGCUUAUAUACAAGAUGAUGGGAGUUUUCGCGACGAACAUGGAAAACCAAUUGAAGACACAAGAGAAGUUCCAGAAGAAGUAAACAAUAAUAUUACUUUUACUAUUGAAAGUGUUGAAACACCAAUUGCAAGACGUCCUUUUGAUCCGAAUGAUCCUAAUAAUGCUGAAUAUCUGGAACAAACUAGUAAGAAAAAAAUCAAAAAAAACAACCAAAUUAUUAAUCUCGGAUUAAGCCGCUGUCUUUUUGCUCGUGAUGAAGAAAUCCAAAAUAUUAAAAUUGACCUUCGAGCUCUAACUGACGACCAAAAAAGAUUACUAGAAGUAGGAAAUAAUAUAACUAUUGAAAAAGUGGCCGAGGAAGUAAGAAUUGUUGACGGAAAUUUAGAACUUGGUUUAAACUUUGAUGAACUCAGAGCAGCCAGCGAGGAAGAAAUAAGAAAUUUAGCAAAUACCAUAGAUAAAGUGGCAAUUAUUGCAGAAAUCGACGAAUUAAUCAAUGACCUUAUUACUGCCGGAGAUAAAGCCCAAGUCGAAGACAUAAAAGCCCGCCUUCAUAAUUCUCUCCGCAUGCUUUUAACUAAUAAACUGGAAGCAUUAAGAGAAAGAGGAAAUUUAGAUUUAGUUGAUUUAGAUGUAACUGACUGA